AUGGAUUUCCCAACUCCAAUUUCUCCACUCCAGAAUCAAUCCUCAACUCCAAGCUCAAGAACAACUUCUCCCUCCGCAUCCCCAACUACAAGUCACCGUCAACCAACCUCCCCACACCACCUAUUCAAUCUAUCAUUCCACCCAACCUCCAAUCCUAAAGAUGACGAAACAUCUUCAAGUUCCUCAAGGGCAAAUCCCCAAACGAUCAGUGUGCUACCCUGCGCUGUUUUACGCGGGCGCUCUUCAAUGAUGCUCUUGCGCCGCCGUCCUUCAGCUGUUGAUAUGGCGCUCAGUGAGGAGCGAUCGCGCUGCGAUGGAAAUGCGAUUGAGAGGCAGGGAUUGGAUCUUAUGGAGCCUAGACCUGUUGAUAUGCGUGUUGAUGUGGGAUCUAGUCUGGGUGGAUGUAUGAAUGCGACUCUGGCAGGGAACACGAAUGGGAAUACAUUUGCGACUGUGAAUAGGAGUGCGAGUACAAAUGUCGGUGGACGUGGAUUUAUGUCAUAUCAGCACCGUCAAUCUCUGAAGAAUCAGAGUUCGAAUUCGAAUAUGAACCAGAAUCAGAGCCAGCCGCCGUUUGUAAUGGGGGGAAUCUUUGAGGUUAUGGAGGGCCGUGCUUAG